AAGUUUGGCAAUGGCUGCCACAACGUCGUCUGCUCCAGAGGACGCUCCCACGCAAGCAAACGCUCACUUUGCGGCGCCUCCGGCGACCGUGAACGGAGGAGAAGAUGGCUUCGACGCCGCACCGCUGCCUAUCGAGAGUCUGCGGCACCGAAUCAACGAAAUCGUCUCCAAGGUCGAUGAGUUGGAGCGGAAGGUGGAUAAGAUUGCCAAAUUCUAUGCCAAUGAUAGCAAGGAUAAGAAGCUGGCCUUGAAGAGCUCCAGGAAUCAGGCUUUGAAAGACAAGGACGGCGAAGAGAGAAUGAGGGAUCUCAUGCGGCAGUUUGGCACGAUAGUGCGCCAGAUCUCACAACACAAGUGGGCUGAUCCAUUCAAGGAGCCGGUAGAUGUUGUAAGCUAUGGUCUGCAUGACUACUAUGAUAUUAUUAAAAAGCCAAUGGAUUUCAGUACAAUUAAGAACCAAAUGGAGGCCAAGGAUGGUAGUGGAUAUAAAAAUGUGCGUGAAAUAUAUGCUGAUGUCAGAUUAAUUUUCACAAAUGCAAUGACCUAUAAUGAUGAGAAGGAUGAUGUUCAUGUAAUGGCCAAAAGUUUAUUGGCUAAAUUUGAAGAGAAGUGGUUGCAGCUAUUGCCAAAGGUUCUUGCUGAGGAAAGAAGACAACAGGAGGUGGAGGCGCAAGCCCUUGAAAAUAUGCAGACUGCUCAAGAGGCUGCUAUUGUGAAAAUGGCUAGAGCAACAAACAACAGGCUUGCAGAACUCAAUUUGAACUUAGAUGAACUAAGAGAAGCAGUGGCCCAUAAAUGUAGAAUGUCGGCAGAAGACAAAAGAAAACUUUGUACAGCAUUGAGUUAUUUGUCAGAUGAAGAUCUUGUCAAAGUGCUAGGGAUUAUUGCUGAGAGCAAUCCCAGCUUCCAGGCUAUGUCUGAGGAGGUGGACAUAAACUUGGAUGAACAGAGUGAAGCAACCUUGUGGAAGCUCAAAUUUUUCCUGAAAGACUCAAUGAAUCUUCAAUCGAAAAACCCACCAAGUAACGUUGAUCGUAAUCGGAACGCAAAGCGCAAGAAGGAGAUCUGCCAGGCCCUGGCAAAAUUUCCAAAGAGAAAAAGCAAAUUGCUUUCAUCCGUGUAGUUCAUGUAUUUAAAUGGUUCCUUCAUCUGUGAUUGAUUAGCCCAUCUAAGCAGCCAUUUUUAUUGCCUCAAAACAUGUAUAUCCUUCUGGUGCACUUGUUGUUUCAGGAGUUUCUUUAUCUCUGUGAACACUCUAAACUGAACCAUGCAUUUUCACAAAUUAGAUGGCAUUUUUCUUCUUAUUCAGAUGUCUUGUCAGUUAUCUUAAAUUCAUGAACAGAUUCAAACUUUUGAUAAAUGAAAUGCCAUCUCUCUAUUA